AAGGCCACAGCUGGAGAUGGAAAACCUGGCCAAGUAUUAGUGUGCUGAUAACGUUGUCUGCUCUGCUCUUUGUGAUUGUUUUGUUUUCAUCAGCAGUCAGAAUCAGAAGGCUCCACUUCCAGCCAGGGGGCACAACGGAUAGGCCUAGCCUAAAACAGAAUUGUGACAAAGUGAAAGAGGCCUGACGACGCUGACUUAGCUUGUGAAACAUUGUUUGCCUGUUGAUCGAGGUCAUGCUUACAGCAGGUCCUUUUUAGUUUCACUUCAGUGCAAGACUGAGGUAUCUCAUCAGAUCGGACUGACUACUGGCUGACGUGUCACGAGACGGAGCUCGCCAUGUCCAAGCUGGGACUGCUGCCCAUCUCACUGGUGCUGGUGGCAGCGGUGGCUGUUGUGGUCUCCUAUGCCAUCGCUGUUGCCAAUGGUGACGUCAGAGCCGCAUUUCCCUACAUCAGUGACACCGGCUCAGAACGGCCAGAGAGCGGCAUUUUUGGACAGUUGCUGAACGUUGCAGCCUGUCUGGCAUUCUGCACCAUGUAUGUCCGGUACAAAGCGGUGGCUGCUAUUGCAGCUCAGCACGGAGAGGAUCGCUGGCUGCGUCGGAUGAACACUGGCUCAAUGUAUGUCGGCCUUGUCUCAGCCUUUGGAGUGUCCAUGGUGGCAAACUUCCAGCUAUCGUGGCGGCGGGCUUUGCUCUACACAAGUGGGACUCAACAGAACACCCUGACAAGAGCAAAUUCAAGUGGGCGCCCAGUGACCCUGGUUACUCGGCUCAUGUGGUGAGCACGGCCGGAGAGUGGGUCACAGCCAUGACCUUUCUCUUUUUCUUCUUUACCUAUGUGAGAGAGUUCAACAAGUUUGACCUGGAGGUUCACACGCGGCCCCUGGUUCAACACCUGGACGAGAUUCUGCAUGAGGAAGUGCGGGUGCUGGACCAGGCUGAUGAAAGGACAAAACUGUUGGCAUGAUGUGGACAGUUUUGUCAGUGUAACCCCUACACUGCCGGGGGGUGUACAUUCUUACCAUCAGCAAAGCUCAUGAUCCAGGACAGCGAGCAGUCUCAUCAGUGUCCUUGCGGUCUUGUGCUGGUCAACUCAUGACAUAUUCCAACCCUAGGUCUUCAAUAGCGUCACGUUCCUCAUCCCCAUUUUCCCUAACAUCCUCAUCUUUGCAAACAACUUGCAGAUCUAUGUUUGAAUGUGCAAUUUGCUGCCUUUUUUAAAAGUCGAUUUUUUGUGUUUACAUUUUGCAAGAGCACGCUUUCUUCUGCAAGACAACACCUGUGUUUAUCAAUCACUUGUAAGCCUAGUAGUAGGCCUAAAGGAAUACUAGAAAAUUUUAAAACCAGAAUAUGCACAUUUUUAAAUUUCCAGAUACAAAUCCGCGUUGGGCUUGUGAAUGAAUCUUGGUACAGAAGAAUUAGUACGAUGUAUAUGUAACAUCUGAAGCAAUCAGGAACGGCAAAUUUUGCCAACAUCCAUGGUACAGUGAAACUCGCUCAUGACAAAGUUCUCGGGCCCAACUUUUAAGGUCCUUUAAUAGUGUUUUUAAUAAAAUAGAUGUGGCAAAAGUAAGAAUUUAAAAAUUUUUUACGGUAACAAAAGGGACAUCUGUUGUGAAAGUGUCUUGCUUGACACGGUAUAAGGGGAAAGAUCAUUUGGUACCCCAAAGUGCUUGCUUAUAUUAGCCGUUGAUUCCGUUGAUACAAUUCCUAAACAACAGGGUCAGGUUUGGUUCCACAACAGUCAUGGUCUUCUUUUUGUUGCAAUACCAAAUGCAUCAACGACUGUCUUUGAAAACUAAGCUGCUGCAGUGCCACAGUAUACAUGUAUUUUGUAAGUCUAGUUCAGUUUCAAGCAAGUGGAGUUCUAUUUUUUUAGGUGGCCUACCUAAAGUGCUUUAGACCAUGGAUAAUGUUGUAAAUUGAAGGGUUCAUGCAAAGUACACUGGGCUCUGUCGAAGCUCACUCUGUGUAAAAAGGCCAAUUCGUUCAAACGCUCGCCUGUGUAAAUGACUUUGGUCUAAUGUUUGCAGAACAAGUUGCAUUGCAGGGUAGGGCCUAGGCUGGCUAGGCUUAGCAUACAACUGCAUGUGGUUCCACAGACCUGCUCACAACUCAUUGUAUGGGAGGGGAGGAUGGGCAGAGGAAUUCUGUCAUUUUACAAGGGACACAGAACUGUGUCGUCAGUUUUACAGGUCACAACUUGCACAAUCUUCAUCACGAGUCAGUUUGAACUAUACUGUCUAUGUUGUCAUUAACAGGGAUUGGGGGAGGGGGCGGUGGUCACAAACAAAUGUGAGGCAGCGUGGUGAAUUCAGGGACUCGUCAAAGUAAUGAACUUGAAGAAACAGGCGAUUAUCCGUGUGUUGGGCAAUUUUUAUCAAAUUUUUUGGUGUGGCUAAACAUCUUUCAUGUCCAUUGAAAAACAUAUUUAUAUCUGUGUGAAUUUUACCGAAAAA